GAGAUGGCAGCGAGGCUUCUACUUCGGUGGAGGAUGCUGCAGUCGAGACAAAGCGCGCAGAAUUCAGAGUGUGGUCCGUCUUACUCUCCAAGUGGUCGCCAGUCUUCGAGAAGAUGAUCAACGCCCCAGGCUUUUCAGAAUCCACGGAAAACCAGGUGGUCAUCGAAGACUUCUCGCCCGCGGCCGUAGAGACUUUCCUGCGUUUCCUCUACUCGGGAGCUGUGGGCGGUUCCCUUGCAACACUGGUGGAGGUGGCUGCGAUGGCAGACAAAUACCAGGUGGAUGAGCUUCUUGUUCUUUGCACGGAAGUCCUCCAGGAGCAGCUUACAAAGAAACCCGAAAUGGCGUGCGAGCUUUUCGCCUGCGCCGACCGUUUUCAGGUUGCCAAUCUCCGCUUGGAGGCCCUGGAGCAGAUCUGGAUCCACGCGCGCGAGGCGCUAAGGUCGCGGCCGAACUUGAGCCCCAAGCUGCUGGACGAGGUCUUGAACUUAGACUUGCUCUGUGCAGAGACUGAGGAGCUUCGAGAAAUGCUCGGCAGCUGGGCAAAAAGCAAGAAGCGGAAGGCGUCUGCGGUAAAGGAGGAAGAGAUGGACGACGACGCAGAUCUGUUUCAAGCUACCACUGACAAACACAUCGCGCGUCUGAAUCCGGCUUGGAGGCGCACGCCCGUUCAUAGCAACGAUGUUCUGAAGUCAUUGUGGUUGGACUAUGAAAAGGCGGGAAAGACGGGUGCCUUUCUGGGGUGCUGGGUGUCCCUUGUGCUUGGACCAGACAGCGCCCUAUCCGCCAGCGCAGAUCCAUCUUUCCUCCUAAGGUAUGCCAUGAACGCUGAAGCCAUUCCACGCUGUCUCGACUACGUUAUCUGGAUGUUGCCUCACUCUUCGGUAUACAUCAUGGGCUUCUCCUUUGCUUCUGAAAUUCUGAGCUUUACGCGCUUCAAGAUCUAUUGCUCCGAGGAUGGCUCUACGUGGCAUGAAGUCUACGCAUCAACUGGCUCCAUUGCCAAGGGUGAGGUAGUUGCCUGCAAAAGGCUUCCUCACAUGGUGCGAUGGUUCAAGCUGUCU